GGCGGCGGAGGCGGGGGCGGCCCAGCGCGCCCCUCCCGGGCCCCCCCCUCCCCGGGCCGCCGCGGCCAGGAUCGGGGCCCAUGGACGCCCCGUCCAUUAUCACCCAGGUGACCAACCCCAAGGAGGACGAGAGCAGCCCGACCUCCUGCAGCGGGCGCGACAAAGCGGCCCAGAGCAGCAUCAGCCUGAAGAAGCAAAGAAGUCGGAGCAUCUUCAGUUCUUUGUUUUGCUGCUUCCGCAACUAUCAUGUGGACACCACAGCCAUCCACAGCACGAGCGUGCUGCCCCCGGUGGUGGAGGAGAACGGGGGGCUUCAGAAGGGCGACCAGAGGCACGUCAUCCCUAUACCGAGCGGACGGGAAGUCCAGCCAGUUCAGGACUCCAAGCCGGGCCUCAGGCCCGAGGGGCCACCUGCCUCACCUUGGCUUCAGCUCCAGCAUCAGCCUCCACGUCCAGAAAUGCCUGUACGGUCCAGGCUGUGCCCUCUUAGCUCUGAGGGCGGCCCUCGAGACUACAAUAAGGAAGGGAUGCUCGCGAGACAGGCCGGUGCUGCCGGGCUCCCCUUGCAGCCCUCAGCUAAAUACCUCCUUCCAGAACUGAAGGUACCAGACUACGGCAAGAAGUGCAUGGUCAUUGACCUCGAUGAGACGUUGGUGCACAGCUCCUUUAAGCCUAUCAGUAAUGCUGAUUUUAUCGUUCCGGUUGAAAUCGAUGGAACCAUACAUCAGGUCUACGUCUUGAAACGACCACACGUGGAUGAAUUUCUUCAAAGGAUGGGGCAGCUCUUUGAGUGUGUACUUUUCACGGCCAGCCUGGCAAAGUACGCAGACCCUGUGGCAGACUUGCUGGACCGCUGGGGCGUGUUCCGGGCCAGGCUUUUUAGAGAGUCCUGUGUUUUCCAUCGAGGAAACUAUGUGAAGGACCUCAGCCAGCUCGGGCGGGAGCUGAGCAAAGUGAUCAUCAUUGAUAACUCUCCAGCCUCUUACAUCUUCCACCCCGAGAACGCGGUCCCCGUGCAGUCCUGGUUCGAUGACAUGGGUGACACCGAGCUGCUGGACCUGAUCCCCUUCUUCGAAGGACUGAGUCGUGAGGAAGAUGUCUAUGGCAUGCUUCAGAAGUUCUGCCACAGGUAGCCUUGGUCCCGUCCCUCCUUCCACCCUGGCUGUGGCUGUGGCUGAAACGCAUCCAGGCCCCGACCAUUUCCACUGGCCACACUUGGAAAUGGACACUGGGAGGAGGCCAUUUCUGCCAGACCUGGAAGGAAGAUGAGUGGGGCUACGUGCAUCAGGCCCUCAUCGUCACCAAGGACAGCGAGGGGAGGCACGGCCAGCCCUGCCACACUUCCUCUCUGUCUCCUAGAGUAUGGUCGAUCAUGCCUCUUUUUAAAAAGGAAAAGAAAAUCACUAUUUUAAAUGGAACUCUUUUCAUGAAUUUCAUAAAUGGAAACACAUUUUACUGGAUCGCUUUUUCUUAAAACAUACCAAAAAAAGGAAUGAAUCUUGAUGUGUUUCCACAGUUGAGCCCUGCUCCUGACUGUCCUUCCUGCAAUGCCGACAUUCAGACUUUCUCCCUCUCGUUCCUGCUUAGAGCAGCUGAACUGACUCUGAGUUUCUUUCCUACUGAAUGAAGUGCCUUUGGAAUGUUAUUUUGAGAUAAAAGUUAAUUUUUGUAUACUGCAUAUUUCCAGACAUCUUUUAAUCUUUUAUUGUCUAACUGCUUUAAAAAAAAAACAGGAGAGUUUUAUAGAGCACUGUAAUAUAUGAUAACUAAAAAAGCGGAGAGAAAGGGCAGCUGAGGUGCUGGGCCCUUGUGCCCCCGGAGUGGGACUCGCUUCCAUGGCUCCUACCACGCUGCCGCGUCAGGCGUCAGAUCUUGGAGUCUUUUGUUGUUUCCUGCGGUUCCGUGUUUGUCCUCAUUGUCUCCAUCCAUUCCGACAGCUUGUGUGUGGCCCAAGUGCCCUAGGAAAGGUGUCAUGUCAUGCAGUGUUGGGUUGGUGUUUUGAAGUGGUCACAAGUUGGUCUCUCAGUCCCUUCACCCCCCAGACAGGCGAGACGUCUCAUCUCCUGUCCCGCCCUGCUGCCAUCCAGACACCAUUUGCAAUGCGAUGACAAAAGCCCCAUUCUCUUUGGAGGCCAAAAAGCAAAUCUCUCAAAGUCUUUCCUUUCAAGUAGCCCAUUGGGGUAAGCUGGACAUACAUGUCGAGCUGUCCUGGGAGUUUUCUUUUCAUUGCUGCUACUGUUCCGUCAGAGACGGAACUGGCCCUGGCGGCUGUGAUACUGUUCUUCGCCACUGUGCCUGCACCGAAAACCCACUUGCUUUGAUCUGCCAAUAUAGGAAAUCUCAUCCCUCAAUAAAGGGCACCCACUGGACCCAGGAGUUCUCUUGUCUCAACUUCUGGGGGAAAUUAAGUGACAAAAGUAGAGCAUUGCUCCCUGGCAUUCGUUUUGUGUUAGAGAGAGUCCUCUCCACUGGGACCAGCGGGCCAGCCUCGUGCCAAACAGGGAGAGAAAGAACACGCCUUGAGAAGUUCUGGAAUGGGGCUGGGGGUCUGCCCCAAUGCCCUUCUCCUGAAGCUGGGCAUCUUACUCAAUCGGGGCUGCUGACAGAACAGAGGGAGAGAGAGGGCCUUCAUUCCUCGUCCAGCAUUUGCAGCAAGGUCUGGGAGCCUUGUUGCACAAUAAGACCAUCUGGAUAGCAUCGCCUAAAAAAGAACCAGCCAAUCUUUGAUGUAAGCACCAUCCCCAUGUCCUGUGUCCCUUCUCCAUCAGAGCCUCCCUGAUGGAGAAGCAGGACCGGGGAUGCCCAGGUUAUGCGUGUGCCAGCUGAGGUCAAAACUGGUUUUUUGCUUUAAUUUGUAUUGGAAUGUGGAGUGAUGAAACCCAGCUGCCCAGAAGUGUGCCCUCUGCGUGGCGGACGGCUGCCAUGGUGGCUUUGGCAGCAGAGCAGUCUGAAGUGGGGCCCGGGGCCCGGACGGCUCACCAGCGUUUCCAUUCCACGACAGCUGUGAGCAGAGCCAUUGUUCAAUGCUCAUUCAUCAAACCAGUGAUCGAUCGAACCCAUUGCCUUAAAUGUCUGUGAAUGAAUGUUGAUCCUAAGUGUCUUUUCAUGUCUCAAGUCCCCACAGACACAGACAGUGGACCUUCUGUUCUGACCUCUGGCAGACAGAUGAAUUUCAACAAGACACAACCAAAUCACAUUCUUUCUAGGUGUCCCUGGACAGCCUUGAAAGAGGAUCGAGAGCCUUUAAAUUCACAAUGCGGGGAAGGCUGGUGCCCCAGACAGCGUCCGCUCCCUACAGCUGGGGGAGAUUACCCUUCUGAUGUGGAUGGAGUAUUUCCUGAAGCCACCAGAGCUGUCUGACUCCUCCGGUGGGAGCUGGGGGUGGCUGCCUUCUGCCACGACUCAAGAUUCCGUCUUCAUUUCUGGCAAGACACACAUUGCUAGAGCACCUACACUUUAAUGAAGCAAUAGCAUUGGAACCUUGAGGCCAGAAAAUGAGUCGAAUGUUUGCUUUAAAAAGGAAGAAUGGAUACGGGUAUUUUUAAUUAUUGCCAUUAGUAAUUUAUAGGCAUUCAAAACAACAAAAGGUUAAAAAUAUUUUAUCUACAUGUGCCAUAUGUCUCCCCCCAUCGCCAAAGCAACCCUGAGUUCAGUUUUCUGUUGAGCCCAAGGAAAGGGUGGCGCCCCCGGCGGUCUGGGGUCCUUCGCUUGCUAGUCUGCCGGGUGUCAAGCCUAUGUGCCAAGUUACGGGCAGCACACCUUGGGUUCUGAAAAUCCAAGUAAGGAUGGCCAAGUCAAGGCCACAACGAGAAGCUGCUGUUUCUCAGAUCUCUGAAAGCGUGUCUGUUGCUUCACCCUCUGGAUUUCUGAACAGUGUUCUGUUCAUUAAAAAGAAAGGUCCCCUGCUGUGCGUGGCCAGGGCCAGGGACACUCCCUCUAUCACAUCCUAGGGACGCCAAGAGAGGCAGAUGACAUGGCCUUGGAGAGGAGAGAGCUUUGGGACCCAGCUGUGUGGUGGACAAAUGUACACAGUCUUCUCUGUUUUAAGUCACUUUCUAAUCCAAUGCCGCACUGCAGCCCCCCAAAGACCGGGGAGCGAGCUCCUGGCCACUGAUUUCCUCGGUGCUGGGAGGGAUGGGAGGAAGUGGCCGCUGCUUGGGCUUCUCUUGGUUAACUAUGCAAAUGAGGCUGUGUGGUUUUUGUUCCGUUUUGCUGUAAACUUGGUGCGGUCUGCCUCUGCUCUGUUCUGUGCAAAUUGCGCCCCGGUCAGCAGGGGGCAUGGACAGAGGGGAGGAUGGGCCUGCAGAAGCGUGCCCGGGGAGCGAGAGGGCCAUGGGCGGGGGAGUGCCAUCACUCAGCAGGGGUGCCAUGCUUUCCUCACUGUCAACAAUAAAAGUUUUUAACAAUGGA